CAACAUUGGAAGUUCUCCCUAAAAAAUUAAGUGGUAAACAUGUUCUAAAAUCACUAAUGCCAUGUAUUAAAGCCAGUGAAACCACUUGAAUACAAUUUUAAAGAACAAUUUACCUGAAUGUUUCUUUACUAUCAGGACUUUUUCGAAGUAUGUCAAUGUUGAUAGUUCUGACAUUUGAAUCUGCCCUGCAAAAUUCUAGAAUGCCUCGAAUUUGAGCAUUAAUAUUGCUCUCAAAUACGCCUUCUGUAUGAGACUUACUGAUGGGUUUGUUUGUUUUGUUUAAUCGCAACUAAUAAAGUUUUAUAUCGAGAUCCGGAACCGCAGGGGGCGGGUCCCUAUCAGUGGUCACGUGACCCGGAAAAUGUGGGCUUUAAUUCCUGCGCUGAACUGCUCCCAGCUGCUGCGCCUCUGCCCUUCGCAGUGCAAACCGUUUGUCUACUCCGUCCCCACCCCUGAACCUCGGGUGGACCCUCUUCAGCACACCAUGUCAGACCAGGCUUUUGUAACUCUGGCCACAAAUGACAGCUAUGCCAAGGGAGCCAUGGUUCUUGGCCAGUCGUUGCGAAACCACAACACAACCAGGAAACUGGUGGUACUCAUAGGAUCUCAUGUUGCAGAGCCCUGCAGAGAGGCACUCCGCUCCCUUUUUGAUGAAGUGUGUCUGGUGGACCUGAUGGAUUCAGGAGAUUCCGCUCAUCUGGCGCUGAUGAAGAGGCCUGAUUUGGGUGUAACCUUCACCAAACUGCACUGCUGGACACUCACCCAAUACAGCAAGUGUGUGUUCAUGGAUGCGGACACACUGGUGUUGUCCAACAUAGAUGAACUCUUUGAGCGCGAGGAGCUGUCGGCAGCUCCAGAUCCUGGAUGGCCAGAUUGCUUCAACUCUGGGGUGUUUGUCUUCAGACCGUCCAAUGAGACGCACCAAAAGCUGGUGGCGUUCUGUGAGGAAAAUGGCAGCUUUGAUGGAGGAGAUCAGGGGGUUCUGAACAGUUUCUUUAACACCUGGGCGACAACGGAUAUUUCCAAACACCUUCCAUUCAUCUACAACCUCAGCAGUAUCGCCAUCUACUCCUACCUGCCAGCUUUCAAACAGUAUGGCCACGAUGCAAAGGUGGUGCACUUCCUGGGCAAAGUGAAGCCUUGGAACUACUCCUACGAUGCUCAGCGAGGAGAGGUCAGAGGUCAUCAUCAGACGCCUGACCACUCCCAGCUGCAAGCGGACUACUUGCUCAUGUGGUGGCAGCUGUACGCCAAAUCUGUGCUGCCUUUGCUGCAGAGAGCAUACGGGGAUGCUCCUUUCAACAGCGGCUUCGUGGACCCGAGCAGUGAUGAUAAAUUCCAUGUGGACGUGAAAGAGCAGACGGCGUCCUCUCCUCCUCCUCCCCCCUCCCAGAGGAUUUCAUCAGAAGAGAGGAAGCAGCGCUGGGAAGCAGGCCAGAUAGACUACUUGGGUGACGAUUCGUUCGCCAACAUUGAGCAAAAACUCAACUCCUUCCUAAAGUAGCAGGUUGCUUCGGUAGCCUGACGGAAGCCAGCUGAAGCUCUGCGAGGGUGGUGGUGAUCUGCCACCACGCAAAACUCAGGGGCUUGAUGAAUGCCUGUGUGCAACUUUAACUCUCUGCAUCCUGAGGCUCUGUAGAGAGAGCUAAAGUUGGACAAUCCUUUCAUGCACAACACAAUUCAUUUCCCCUUUUUUAAGGAGAAGUUUGACAUUUGAGGUGAAGGUCUUUUUUUCGCUUUACUUCCUUAGAGGUUGGAUGACAGGAUAAUCAUGUAAGCCAAUCAUAAAGUAAUAAUUCAAAGUUCUAUCUAGUUAGUCAAAUUUAAACAAAACUCACGAGUUUAGAGAGAGUAAAACGGAAAGUGAAUUGCCUUGUUGGUUUUGAAUUAUUAGUGACAUCUUUUUAAUUAACUCUAGACAAGAAUACAAGUCGGUUUAGCGGAUUCCAAAAAAUGUCUAACUUUUCCUUGUUGUGUGAUGCACCUGAACUCACGAGUCUCCCUAAACUGUGGAAAAUUGAGCCAAAAAUAUGGCAGCGAUUCGCUGUAAUUUCUAGGUUAUUUUCAGUAACCCCUAAUCUGCAACAAGUCUGUAUUGAAAGCAGAUACGCAGCCACUUGCUCGUUUCCCUUUCGCAGACCAUGCCGUCCUUUUCAGUCAUUAAUGACAAACCCGCUUUAAUGUGACUGUCCUCCUUAGAGGAGUGCGUUGAGUAGCAUCCCCACCUGUGCCUCCAACACACACACCAGACCCCCACCUCUGACUGCUGUUCUGUAACGUCUGGUGUUGUGCUCUGUAUUAUUUGCACGACACAUUUAAACCACGGGUCUUUAAUGAAGUGCUUCCUCCCACGUCUAUAACUGAUGUAGACUGUUUUGUGUGUAUCUCCAUGGGACUGAGCAUUAGUGCUCCCUCCAGACGUCUUGUACGCAUGCACCGCACGUACGUCUCUACAUCCGUGAUUAUUGUGCCAUGGCCUGUUUCACCACUUCCUUUCUGUAGUCUAACCAGCUGCCUUAUUGCCCAUUCACUGUUUACAAAACCUCAUUGACUGUAACAGGUGAUGAAUUUCCUCUCCCACCCGUGGUCAACGCCCUCUUUGCUUCACUCCACAAGUGUUACAAGUACAACCUGCAGCAUCUUAUAAUACGCUCCUCCGUCCAUUAACCACACUCCCACAAGAGGCUGGUAAAGUUGACCGGGACGCCCAUUCACAGCUCUUGAGUGUGGGAGUGAUAGCUGUUAACAUUUGAUGCUCACCUGUCUCCUUGCUGUUAUGUUUGUCCUGUGUAAGAAUAAACUUGUGGAAACAUUUCUACUCAUA